ACACACUAAAAAUAUACUUAUUAAGCAAAUAAUGAAGUUUGUUUGUUCUUCACUCACCCUUUCCUUCCUACUUUUUGCUUUCGUCACCAAUCUUUCACCAUCUUUCACAUAUAACAAUGGUUUCCCAAUAUUGAACACAGCAUUUGAGCCAAUUCAUCCAUAUGGUAGUUACUAUAUUAUCCCAACUUUUUUUGGCGUUCGUAGUGGAAGAUUAAAACUAGAAAAAACUGGUGAUUCAAAAUGUCCAGUUACUAUCUUAGAAGAAGAUUUUAAUAAUACUCAUUAUUUACCAGUAAAAUUCACCAAAUUAGUAGAUACAGAAUUCGACGAGAUAGUGACUGGGACACCGAUUGAGAUUGAGUUCACAAGGAACAAACCUGAUUGUGUUGAAUCAACAAAAUGGUUGAUAUUUAUUGAUAAUGUUAUUAAUAAAUUUUGUGUUGGCAUUGGUGGUCCAGAAAAUUAUCCUGGUAUGCAAAUAGUGAAUGGCACAUUUAAUAUUCAGAGAUAUGGUUCUUCAUAUAAUUUUGUAUUUUGUGUUGAUGGAUCUAGUGCUUUUUGUUCGGAUAUUGGGUUUUAUAAUAAUGGUGAAGGUGGAGGACGUUUGAUUUUGACUGACCAAAAGAUUUCUGCUUUUGUUUUUUCAGAGACUUAUUCUUAUGAAGAUGGAAAUAUUAGAUCUGUUGCUUGAAUUUUCUAUAUCUAGAUUAUGUAACUUUUGUUCUUGUUUUGAUGAAUUAUGUGCUUUUAUACAAGUUGGAAUGUUGAAUGU